UGAACGUCUCCCCCUCGGUGACGCCGAUAGUGAGCGCCGGUGCUCGGUUUGUGUAUCGGCUGCAGCUAACAGCUGCACGGAUCGUGUUUUGGUUUUUGUUUUGCCUCCCAUGUGCGGCUGUCAUGAGCCCUGAAGGCGAUUCUCUGCCUGGAUGAUGAAACUCUGUGUUUAACAGCUGGACGUGCAGAUGCAGCUCUCAGCCCGAUCCAGAUGUUUUGACACAGUGUGCGUGUGUGUAUGUUUCCAGUAACAUAUGACUGUGAAUGCAAAAGAUGGACGUGGAUUUAAGUGGCUGCAGCUGGCCAUAAAAGUCAGAUAGUGUGAUUGUGCCUGUCACCAAGCUGCAGCAAUGACUUGAUUCAUAGUGUUUAAUAUUUAAGGAUACUUUAACUAACUGUAUUUCCUAUGAAGUCACCCCAUAGUGUGUGUGUGGCAGCAGCUGUGCCCAAACAGGUUCAUCAUAAUCUGACACAGUAUACCGAAGAGUUGUAAUGUCUUUAGCAGCAGGUUCAGUCACACCUUGAAUUUGUGUUAAUGGGGCAGCGGCUGCCGCUCUCAGAAUUGGCCCGCCAGUCAGUUCUGCUGUAAAUCAGGUCUGACCCCAUGACUGAGUACUACGAGGAGGGGGGGCUGCUGUACGAGCAAUCACCUCCCAUGCACAUCAAAGUGGAGUCUCCGGAGGGACCCUUUGGAGGGGGAGCCUCAGAAAACGGCUUCCCCAGGGAGGAUGAGGACUCGGAGGGCAGCUGCGACCAGAACAGUGGAUUACCUGGGGGACUCCCCUUCAACGUGGUAGUGGUGCAUCCGAACAUCAUGGCCCCCGGCAUGUCCUCAGACGACCUCUUGUCCAUUGAACAAAACAGAGCUAUGUCAGCUGCACUGGCUGCUGGUGGUGCAGGAAAAAGAAAGAGUCGUUUCAGUGGAGCAGAACUGGAGGUGUUGGUGUCAGAAGUCACCCGGUGUGAAGGAGAGCUCUUUGGUCCUGCGGGGAGGCUCCGGCGGCGGGAGAGAGAGCGGAUCUGGGCGGGAAUCCUAGAGAGAGUCAACGCUGUGUCCAGAGUGCCACGUACCCUUCGAGAGGUGAAGAAGCGCUGGGACGACUUGAAGAGGCGCAAUGGUGGCAGGUUGGCGGAUGCUCGCCACCGCAGCUGUUACCUGCCGUCCAGCAGAGGAGCCUCGAUGCUUGGCCGUACUUCUCAGACAAGCCCCAGACUUCAACAAGCCAGGCAAAAGCAAAGCACCAGACCAAAGCCUAGUUUCCCAUGCUUUCCCGACUCUGAUACAGGUGUAGGAGUGGAAGGAUCGGAGAGAGAUGGUUUGGAGAAAGAUGAAGACAAUCCUGAGCGUGACAGAGACAUGGGAGAACCCGACUGUGAGCCAGAGAACAGCAUGGAGGAGAAACUUGGUUUAGGACUGGGUCUAGGCAUAGGACCACCCCCUCCAUCAGAACGAUGGCUGCCUCCUUCCCCGCUCUACAGUGCUCCUUUCCUCAAUGGCAGCCCUCAGCCUAGCAGUCCUCAGCCAUCACUUGGAGCACAACAGGGUCCUCUCGAAGCCCCCCUGCGCAGCUCCUGGCUUGAAGAUGAGCUCCGCGGGUUAGGCGAAGCAGCGAUACAACUGGGGAAUCGGGUUGAAAAGAGUCUGCGGGAGUUUGGUGAAGGUUUCAGACAAGACAUGAGGACACUUGUUGCUUCACAAGAGACGUUAGCAGUCAGUCUACAACAAAACAAUGUCCUCUUGCAAAGGCUGUUAGGAGUGCUUGAGGCCCAGCAGCAGCCACAGCCACAGCAGCAUCGUGUACAACAAACACACCAAUCACAAACACCUCAACAGCACUUACAGUCACAGCCAGCUCAGCAGCAGCAGCAGCAGCAGCAGCUACAACACAUAGAUCCACCGCUGCAGCAGCCACAACAACGGAUCGAAGCACCUCUGCAAACACAACUGCAACAUCAGCAGCAGCCACAUGUAGUACAACAACAGUCACAGCAGCCCCAAACACAAAUACAGCAGCAGCAGCAGCAGCCGGUGGUCACCCAGCAUUCGAAUAAUCAGUCAGCCGUAGCGGUGGUACCUGCACCAUCGCCCCCUGACGUACAUGGCACUUUUCCCUCUGAUCCACCCACAGACACGAAUGGAAGUGUGCAGAGGCCUCGACGCGGAAGAGCUGUUGAACACAGGCGCAGAAGACGGCGCUGAGGAAAAAGUAUUUUAGAAACUCAAACUGCACAUCAUGAUGUUUAAAAAUGUGACAAUUAUACUCUUUUUCUAUCGACAGUAUUUCUGUAAAGAUCAUUUGGAGUUUUACGUUUGACUCCAAAUCAGUAAUGCAUCUCACACUUGAGUUUGUCUUCAGAGAGGACUGUACUGGAUAAGAAACAUAGACACAUGAGAUAAUAGGGUGGCCUUAACAUUAGCUCGGUUCCUCAGACAUACACACAUAUUCUUGUGCUGAAAGACUUCCUGAAAAACAGUUGCUCUCUGGAGUGACAACUCCACCCAUGAGACUUUCAAUACCCGGACAACAACAUACUGUAGGUGCUGAUGUUUGAUAUGCAUGUCACUGUACAUGCUUUGCAGCAGAGCUGUUCAGUUCUGUCUCAAUUCUCCUGAUACACUAACUACAAUGUCAUAAAGUACUUGUAAUCUGCAGUUGUUACCAUAUAUUGUAGUUAUACAGCUAUAGUAAUUACCUGCUAAUGUAUGCUUGUGCUUUUUUUUUAACAGUUUCACGGUACAUACUUUUCCAGCUUUGGUUGGACUGUUCUGUUCAGUGUGUUUUGAGACAAAAGUGCAAGAUUUUAAGGACAUUUUACAUCCUGGUAGGCUUUCAGACUUUAACUCAUACGUUUCUGGUGGAAAUUUAAAAGCAUACAUAAUGUAUGUAGGGGCUAUUUAUUAUAAUCUUGCAUGCAGUAUGAUGGAUGUGUUUGUAGAUAGUUGCAAAGAAACAGCAUAUGGCCAUCAUCUACGUAGUUUUGCACAGCAUAUAUAUAUUUUGUAGAUAGCUGCUGUUCUGAAGAAAUGUAACUAAACUUUAAUAAAAGUCAGACAUGGACUGCAAAUAAA